AUGUCCCUGCAGAGAACAGAGCUAAGUUUUGGUAUGUAUGCAGCUGACUAUGGCAUGUUCCACUUCUGUAUUGGAGACACUGAGCAUGAUUGGAGAGAGGGAUCUGAACAGUACAAGUUCAUCGAGCAAUGCUUCGCGUCAGCCAAUAGACAUAAACAACCUUGGUUGAUUUUCGCUACUCAUCGUGUUCUUGGUUACUCAUCUAAUGACUGGUAUGCUAAGGAAGGAUCAUUUGAAGAGCCCAUGGGAAGGGAGCACUUGCAAAAGCUCUGGCAAAAGUAUAAGGUUGAUAUGGCAUUCUACGGGCACGUUCAUAACUAUGAAAGAGUUUGCCCUAUUUACCAGAAUCAAUGUGUGAACAAGGAGACAUCACACUACUCUGGCGUAGUGAACGGAACGAUUCAUGUUGUUGUUGGUGGAGGAGGAAGCAAUUUGAAUAGAUUCACCACCAUUAACACCACAUGGAGUGUGUUCAAAGAUUAUGACUAUGGGUUUGUCAAACUCACAGCAUUUGACCAAUCUAACCUUCUCUUUGAGUACAAGAAGAGCAAAGAUGGUAAAGUGUAUGAUUCUUUCACAAUCUCAAGAGACUAUAAGGAUGUCUUGGCAUGUGUCCAUGAUGGUUGUGAACCAACUACUUUGGCUAGUUAA